CCUUGCAAGUGAUGUGUAUUCAUUUGAAUGGCAAAAGCUGUAUCUGGCUAGAUUGUUAGCAAAGACAUCUGAAAGUUAGCUGGGAGUUUAGAGACAAAUAACUUUAACUGAGUCAUCAUCAAAUGGACAUUCAUAUUUAGGGAAUUGAAAGACACUUCGCAAAAUGUGACGGUUUCUCAACUAUGGCCACUGGAAAUCAGGAUGGGCAAAAGAGGAAGUUCGACAGGCUCAGCCAAGCCAUGCCUCACGCUCUGUGUAUGCCCAAUCUGCAUUUUGUUACUGAACACACCAUGAAGAAGGUGGAUUAUUAUAAUAAGGAAGAUAUAGAUAAAGACAGAUUCACAUUGACACACGUCGUCCACAUUCCUGGCAAAGUGAAGCGAGUUUCGGUGUGCAAGAGGAAGGCACGCAAAGCGGCGUUGAACUCGGUGGCGUUGUGCAGGGUGCCCCGCGCGGGCCUGUCCUGUGACAUGGCCAACAAAGAGAAUGAGCUGAUGAGUGAAGACAUUGAGGGCGACGUACACCACAAUGACAACUGCGGGUUCCCUGUGAACUCUGCAGAGGCCUCCAAGAUGACUGAGCCCGGCUCCAAGUGCGGUGAUUACUUUGCGGAGUUAUCGAAAGACCAUGAAGCUAUGACGCACGUGUUGUUUGGAAGGAAUCUACGACUUAAUGUAGCACUGACACUUUGGCGUCGAAAUACUAGUGAACUUGUGGCAUACCUGAUAAGAAUUCAAGAUACUGGGGUGCUUCUUGAUUGUCUACCCAUUAUAACAAAAAACCUUCAGAGUGACACACCAUGCAUUUCCCUUGGCUGCUGUGUAGACCUACUGCCACAAGUGAAAACAAUCCUUGCCAGUAAACAUGAAGAAAACUUGAUUGUGGGUUUGCACUGGGUGCAAUCUGUAAUCAAAAAGUGGUGGCCAGAACUCUCUGCGAAUGGCAAUACACUAAAGGAGAGCUUCUCAGAAGACAAGAACCUUCAAGCCAUGAGGCAGCAGCUGAAAGAAUGUUGGGAGGAUGGAACCCAGCUAAGUUCAGUUCCAGGAACUACAGGAGAGAUAGCAAAGACCAUAGAGUCCUACCUAUCACAGCUUCACUGACAUGUCCUGUCUAGCACUGAAGAGGGGGACACCACUACUGCCGGACAGAGUAUGGUUUAACUUCGAUUUGGAAGCCAGAGAAACUGACUCAAAAGUGGUCUAUGCUCCACUGGAAACCUGUUUCCUGUUGGGAUUAAUGAACUGAGCUAUUCAGACACGGCUUCAAUCAACACAGUUUUGAAGGACAUGGGAGCCUUUUCGGCACACCAGGAAUGACUGCUUCACAUUGAAGUGGAUCGUCGCGGCACACAAUCUAUCUCCAUGAGACUGCUUCCAGGCCGUUUCAUCACGUGCCAAGCUCUGUUUCAACACAGCACUCUUGCUAGCCUCAGUGUGCAUCUACACCUGUGGUUACAGUGAAGGGCCUCUUGAUUUUCACUUGUUUCCUGAAUCAUUAACUUGAAACUUACUGCAGUCUUAAGUUAUUAGCGCCUCCUGUUUUUUGCCCGUUUGUGAAUGAUGUUUGACUGUGCAAUGUAAAUACAUUGAUUAUUUUAAUCACCUUGAAAAUAAAAAUUCCUAAAUCUGGA